GGCCCAGCCUUGCCCACAGGCAGGGGAAUGAAUGAAAAGCCUCUGGUAGUGUCUCCUACAUCUUUCUGGUGACUUUGGCAAAGUGGAAACUUCCAAACUAAAGAUGACGUUGAAGGGUCUUAACUAGCUGGCUCUGAGCUCACAGAAGCAGACCUGCCUUGGUCUCCAGGCUGGAGGCGGGCAGGCACUUGCACUUGGAGACCCUUCUUCUGAACUUUGUGCUCCUUUUCAUCCUCACCCCUCUGCUUCCCUUCUGCAAAAGCCCAUCUCUUUGCCCGUCCUGGGUCCUAUGACUUUUCUCUCCCUCAACAGUCGGUUCCCGAUUCUGGUCCCCGGCCCCCUGCAGCGCCUGCCCCCUUCCCACCGGGGCCCCCCAUGAUGCCACCACCCUUCAUGCCCCCUCCAGGAAUCCCCCCACCCUUUCCUCCAAUGGGGCUACCCCCCAUGAGUCAGAGACCACCAGCCAUCCCCCCCAUGCCACCUGGCAUCAUGCCCCCCAUGCUUCCACCAAUGGGAGCACCACCUCCUCUCACACAGAUACCAGGAAUGGUACCACCAAUGAUGCCAGGAAUGCUGAUGCCAGCGGUGCCUGUCACCGCAGCGACGGCUCCGGGUGUGGACACCGCCAGCUCUGCUGUGACUGGGACAGGCCCUCCGAGAGCCCUGUGGAGUGAGCAUGUGGCCCCCGACGGGCGUGUCUACUACUACAAUGCUGACGACAAGCAGUCUGUUUGGGAGAAGCCCAGCGUGCUCAAGUCUAAGGCCGAGCUGCUGCUGUCUCAGUGUCCCUGGAAAGAAUACAAGUCAGAUACAGGCAAACCUUACUACUAUAACAACCAGAGUAAGGAGUCCCGCUGGACCCGGCCCAAGGACCUGGAUGACCUGGAGGCUCUAGUCAAACAGGAGGCUACAGGGAAACAGCAGCAGCAGCCACAGACAUUACAGCCUCAGCCGCCUCAGCCUCAGCCUCAGCCUGACCCGCCUCCUGCACCUCCUGGCCCCGCUGCGGCGCCCACGGACCUCCUAGAGCCUGAGCCAGGUGGGAAUGAAGAUUGUGAUGUGUCAGAGGCUACCCAGCCCCUGGAGCAGGGGUUCCUGCAGCGGCCAGAGGAGGGCUCCAGCAGUUCUGCUGGACAGCAUCAGCCACCACAGCAGGAGGAGGAAGAAUCAAAGCCAGAACCAGAGAGGUCUGGCCUCAGUUGGAGCAACCGGGAGAAGGCAAAGCAGGCCUUCAAGGAACUGCUGAGGGACAAGGCUGUCCCCUCCAAUGCCUCGUGGGAACAGGCCAUGAAGAUGGUGGUCACGGACCCCCGUUACAGUGCCUUGCCCAAACUGAGUGAGAAAAAGCAGGCAUUCAAUGCCUACAAGGCGCAGCGGGAGAAGGAAGAGAAGGAAGAGGCCCGGCUUAGGGCUAAGGAGGCCAAGCAGACCUUGCAGCAUUUCCUGGAGCAGCAUGAACGCAUGACUUCCACCACCCGCUACCGGCGGGCGGAACAGACCUUUGGGGAGUUGGAGGUCUGGGCGGUGGUCCCUGAGAGGGAUCGGAAGGAGGUCUAUGAUGACGUCCUCUUCUUCCUGGCCAAGAAGGAGAAGGAACAGGCCAAGCAGCUCCGGCGGCGUAACAUCCAGGCUCUGAAGAGUAUUCUGGAUGGGAUGAGUAGUGUCAACUUCCAAACUACAUGGUCCCAGGCUCAGCAGUACCUUAUGGAUAACCCCAGCUUUGCCCAGGACCAUCAGCUGCAGAACAUGGACAAGGAAGAUGCACUGAUAUGCUUUGAGGAGCACAUCCGAGCUCUGGAGAGGGAGGAGGAGGAGGAGAGGGAGCGGGCCCGGCUCCGGGAGCGGCGCCAGCAACGCAAGAACCGGGAGGCCUUCCAGACCUUCCUGGACGAGCUGCACGAGUCAGGGCAGCUGCAUUCUAUGUCCACCUGGAUGGAGUUGUACCCAGCGGUCAGCACUGAUGUCCGCUUUGCCAACAUGCUGGGCCAGCCGGGCUCCACCCCUCUGGACUUGUUCAAAUUCUAUGUGGAGGAGUUGAAGGCACGGUUCCAUGAUGAGAAGAAGAUCAUUAAGGACAUCCUUAAGGACCGGGGCUUCUGCGUGGAGGUGAGCACAGCCUUUGAGGACUUCGCCCACGUCAUAAGCUUUGACAAGAGGGCUGCUGCGCUGGAUGCAGGCAACAUCAAGCUCACCUUCAAUAGUCUGCUGGAGAAGGCCGAGGCCCGGGAGAGAGAGCGCGAGAAGGAGGAGGCGCGAAGAGCACGGCGCCGGGAAGCAGCCUUCCGGAGCAUGCUGCGGCAGGCCGUGCCUGCGGUGGAGCUGGGCACCGCCUGGGACGAGGUCCGUGAACGUUUUGUGUGCGACUCGGCCUUCGAGCAGAUCACGCUGGAGUCGGAGCGGAUCCGGCUCUUCCGGGAGUUCCUGCAGGUACUGGAGACCGAAUGCCAGCACCUCCACACCAAAGGCCGAAAACAUGGCAGAAAGGGCAGGAAGCACCACCGCAAGCGUUCCCACUCGCCCUCAGGCUCCGAGUCAGAGGAGGAGGAGCUGCCCCCACCACCUCUCCGGCCCCCCAAGCGUAGAAGGCAGAACCCCUCAGAGUCAGGCUCAGAACCCUCUUCCUCACUUGAUUCGGUUGAAAGUGCGGGUGCUGUCCCUGGAGGACGGGGCUCCCCAUCUUCCCACCUGCUCCUUGGAUCCGGACUUCGGCUUUUUCUCUCCCCAGAUCAUGGCCUUCGGAAAGCCAAGAAACCAAAAAAGAAAACGAAGAAGAGAAGACACAAGUCGAACAGUCCUGAGAGCGAGACAGACCCCGAGGAGAAAGCUGGCAAGGAGAGUGAUGAGAAAGAACCAGAGCAGGACAAGGACAGGGCGCUCCGGCGGGCAGAGCGCCCUAACCGCUCUCCAGGCUUUGGAAUCAAGAAGGAGAAGACGGGCUGGGACACGUCCGAAAGUGAGCUGAGCGAGGGCGAGCUGGAACGGCGGCGGCGGACGCUCCUGCAGCAGCUGGACGACCACCAGUGACCCGGCGGGCCGCCCUGCCUCGGGUCUGCGGCCGCGGCGCCCGGCUCUCCCUCGCCACCUGCCCCAGGCUCUUUCCUCGGUUCGGUCUAGUCCGCUCUUCCGCAAGUAGCCCCACCCCGACACUGCUGCCGGCGCCUUCCAAGGCGGCCUGCGGUGUUCCGGGGCCCCCCCGCCGGGCCAGUGCCGUCCUUGCCCUCCACCCCAGCCCAGACUGGUGGUGUAUGCUGUGCGGGUGGGUGGGGCCAGUAGAUAAUACGUGAGCGGGGCUCCUGGGAAGUGACCUGCUGGUGGACACAGCCAGGGUGGCAGAGGGCGGCCCUUACCCUGCAGCAUCAGUGCCUGCUCCUGCCUGCUGGGGCCCUGGGGCUCCUCUGCUUCUUCUUCCAGCCCCAGAACCCAGUGUCUGUGUGUUUGGUUUUGUUUUUUAAAUAAUAUUUAUA